UUUAUUUAUUUAGGAGGAAUGCAGAGAUUGAUUGGAACAAGCAAGCAAAAUACGACAUACGACGAAUUGAAUUUGUUUCUUAUUCUUCUUCUUCUUCUUCUCCCUUUGUCUUUCCGUCUUCACCAGAAGCUCCUUUCUCUGUUCCUAAGCCGAGUUAAGGGGUCAAAUUGAAACCGCAUUCAAUUCCGACUUAAUGUUGCAUUCUCUCUUCCUUUUCCCUCUCGCUUUUCUCACAAGCCACUGAAAAUCCUCGCACCUUUGCCCACAAAACUUUAACAGAAACACCGUUUUUCGCCGCAAUUCCUCACCCCCAUGGAAGAAUCAAGUGAAUUGCAAUCAGAAGAAAAUAAAGUCUCCAAUGAGAAAAAUAAGAAAAGAAAACUGAAAACACCGGCCCAACUUUUGGCCUUGGAGAAAUUUUAUAAUGAGAAAAAGUAUCCCACAGAGGAAAUGAAAUCAGAACUUGCUGAUGAGUUAGGAUUGACAGAAAAGCAAAUAUCUGGAUGGUUCUGCCACAGAAGGUUAAAAGAUAAAAGAAUGAUGAAAGAUGAAGCCGUUGCUAAUGGACGGCAAGAUCGUUCAAGCGGUGUCAUCCAGGAUCGUGGCAGUGGACUUGGGCAAGAUUCAUGUGGAAGCAGUAAACAUGCUGAUUACAGGUACUUGGAUCCUAAGGAGGUUGAGAGCCAUGGCCUCUACAAUCACGAAUUUUCAGUUGCAGAUAUGACUCAUGGACGUAGGAGCCGUUAUCCUGAAAAUGUUAGCGGAGUGGAUGAGACAUCAUCUGAGAGCAGCUCAUAUUUGCAAGAAAGGUUGUUUUCUCAAGGUCAGGAUCCAUAUGAUAUGGAGCAUUCUAGACAUCUUACACCUAAUGGAGCUCUUCCACCUCUAAAUCCCAAAGGUGCCCUUAACAUGGGAUAUAAACCAUCAGGAUAUUUAAAAGUGAAGGGAGAGAUAGAACAUGCUGCUAUAACUGCUGUUAAGAAGCAAUUAGGAAGGCAUUAUCUGGAAGAUGGUCCAGUACUUGGUAUAGAGUUUGACACACUUCCUCCAGGGGCAUUUGAGUGCCAAACUGCAGAUCCAGCUAAUGGUAGGUUGCACCACAUUCUAUUUUUCCAUUUUUUUUUUAAAUGUCUCAUUCAAUUAGUUUGGUAAGACUGAAAUGUUUAGUGUUGAAAAUGAAACAAUAUAAUUUGCCAUUUUGGGUUAAAGUAAUGUGUUGUUGCUCAUUAAGUUGUGAAAAAAAAAUUAUAUGCAAGUAUUAAAGAUAGAACUGGGUGUGAUAGGGGAUGGGUUGUUUCAAGAACAGUAAAUAAGUGUUUUCCACCUAACCUGCAUCAUGUUUGUAUGCUAUGCAUUGGGAUGAUUUAGAUGCUUUUUAGGGAAUUCAAGCAGAUGUCUCCUCAGUACUGAUACCAAUAAGGUCAAUGACAAUCUCAUGAUGUUAUUUAUAAGGUAUAUAUAUUAAGAGUACUUGUCAAAAGUUAGUCCCUACCCUUAAGCCAGUGUUUAUAUGUUAUGAGGCUUUUGAUAUGAAAUUUUAGCAUCAGAACCAAGUUACCUUAAGAAGUUUACAAAAGCUACAAAGUUUAGUUCCUAUAUGUAAGUCAUUUAUCUUUUUUACCUUUACCUGCUGUCUCACUUUUUUAUUUGCUUGAUAUGUAUUUGCCCAACACACAACCAUGGAGGAAAUUGCAAUUUUGUUACCCUUAAAUGGAGAACUUACUCAUAAAGAUCGAUGCUGCAUUUUAAGGUUCAUAGCACUGGGGCUUUUUAUGUUAAUCUGUGUGCAGUGUGCUAUUUUAUAUGUUUCGGACCUUUAGGUCAAGAUAGCUUAUUUUUUUCUCUUUGGAUGCUUUACUAUAAAUAUUUCAUCGUAGCUAAGGUGUGAGAGUUUUAUUCUCUUUCAUUAACUCUAUAUCAUUUUUCUAACUGCAUCCAGUCAUUUUAAGAAUAGAUUGAGAUUCCUGCAUUU